AUGACUGCCACGCAUUACGACGUCCUAAUUAUCGGCUCCGGCCAGUCUGGGAACCCCGUUGCCAAGGCGUUCGCCAACGCCGGCCGCAAGACUGCGGUGGUGGAGCGAACUGCCCUCGGUGGGACAUGUGUCAACGUUGGGUGCACGCCAACCAAGACGAUGGUCUCGUCUGGACGGGCGGCGUACCUGGCACGUAGGGGUGCCGACUAUGGCGUGAAGGCUGGCGAUGGAUCUGUGGCAGUUGACAUGGUCCGCGUUCGGGAGCGGAAGCGGAACAUCGUCAAGCAGUGGAAUAGCGGCAGCGUGAGAGGACUGCAGACGGCAGGCGUGGAUGUACUGAUGGGAGACGCAAGCUUCGUGGGCAACCGGAAGCUGAAAGUGGUCCUCAAUGAAGGGGGAGAGAAAGAAGUGAGUGCCGAGACGGUGUUUCUCAACGUUGGAGAACGGCCUUCACGACCAGCAAUCCCGGGACUGGACAACGUGGACCCGGCACGUGUGUUGGACUCGACAUCUAUCAUGGAACUCGACGAGGUCCCGGAACAUCUGGUUGUCAUGGGCGGGGGAUACAUCGGCCUGGAGUUUGGGCAACUCUUUCGACGUCUGGGGGCUGAUGUGACCAUCAUCCAGCGGGCCAAACAGUUGGUGCCACGGGAGGAUGAGGAUGUUGCGCAGUGCAUGUUGGACAUUCUUCGAGAGGAUGGCAUCACCGUCCAUCUGUCUACCACUGUGGCAUCGGUAUCAAGUGCCAAGGACGCAAAGUCCUUUUCAGUCACCGCCGAGAAGUCGUCAAACAAGGUCGAGGUUUCUGGCUCUCAUCUCCUGGUGGCGACGGGCAGGGUGCCUAACACGGAUGGAUUGAACCUAUCUGCCGUUGGAAUCAAGACCACCACCAAGGGCCACAUCAUUGUCGACAACCAGCUCCAGACCACCGCUCGGGGCGUAUACGCGCUCGGCGAUGUCCAUGGCGGCCCCGCCUUUACACACAUCUCCUACGACGACUUCCGCAUUAUCCGUACCAACUUCCUGGCUGACCAGAUGCCAUCCACGACCCCCCCUAUGGCCACGACGCAGGUCUCACGCUCGCGUACCUCCACACCAUAUUGUAUGUACACCGACCCACAGCUAGGACACGUCGGGUUGCACGAUCGGGACCUCGAGGGCCGGGACGUGAAGACGGCCAAGAUGCCAAUGAGCUAUGUCGCCCGGGCGCUGGAGACGGACGAGCCGCGCGGGAUGAUGAAGGCGACGGUGGACGCAAAGACAGGUGAAAUCCUGGGAUUCACAUGUCUAGGAAUCGAGGGUGGCGAGGUCAUGUCCAUUGUGCAGACAGCCAUGAUGGGCGGGUUGAAGUGGUGGGACCUGGAGGCAGCUGUAUGGGCACACCCAACUCUGGCUGAGAGUCUGAACAACCUGUGGGGACACCUAGAAUAG